GUGCGUCAUGUGACUUUUCCUCAUCGUGUCCAACAGAGAGCUCAGACUCUCAGAGAGGAAGCGAAGAGGAGUCGCACACACAACCACAGAGAGAAGAAGAGAACAGAAGGGAGUUUAAUCUCAGCAUUAUGGCUCUAAGGGAAGAACUGUUAAAGUCUAUAUGGCACGCGUUUACAUCUCUGGAUGUGGACAAAAGUGGGAAAGUCUCCAAAUCUCAGCUGAAGGUGCUGUCCCACAACUUAUGUACAGUGAUGAGGAUCCCACAUGACCCCGUGGCGCUGGAGGAGCACUUUAAAGACGACGACGAGGGUCCCGUCUCCACCCAGGGAUACAUGCCGUACCUGAACAAGUUCAUCCUGGAUAAGGUGACGGGGAACUUUGACCGUCAGGACUUCAACAAAAUGUGCUGGACGUUGUGCUCCAGGAAGAAUCUGGAUCAGAGUCAGCUGUUCAUCUCCAACGACGACGCCUUCAAGAUCUGGUGCAUCUUCAACUUCCUGUCUGAGGACAGAUACCCGCUGACCAUCGUCACUGAGGAGAUUGAGUACUUCCUGCGUAAACUGACGGAGGCGAUGGGGGGCAGCUGGGUGGAGGAGCGUUUCGAGGACUACAAGAUGCAGCUGAACGCGAAGCAGCAGAGCCUGAACCCCUGGGAGCUCAUCAUCCUGGUGGGGUCGGGUCAAUUCAGCAAGGGCAUGGACCGCCAGACGCUCUCCAUGGGCAUCAACGAGGUCUACCAGGAGCUCAUCAUGGACGUGCUCAAACAGGGCUACAUGAUGAAGAAAGGUCACAAGAGGAAGAACUGGACGGAGCGCUGGUUCAUGCUGAAGCCAAACGCCAUCUUCUACUACGUUGGCGAGGACCAAGCUGAGAAGAAAGGAGAUAUCUUACUGGAUGGAAACUGCACUGUGGAGCCUCUACAAGACAAAGACGGAAAGAAGUGUCUCUUCCUCAUCAAGUCGUCACAUAAAAGCUUUGAAAUCAGCGCGUCGGACAAGAAGAAGAAGCAGGAGUGGAUCCAGGCCAUUCAGACCUGUGUGAGCCUGCUGCGUCAGGGCCGGCCGGCGCCGCACCGCGAGGCUCGACAGAAGCGGCGGGAGCUUCGACUGAAGCAGCAGGCCGAACAGGAGGAGCUGGAGCUGAGGAUGAGCGAGCUGCAGACGGCCAACGAGGUCAAACAGUUCGAACUGGAGAACAUGAGGAAGGCUCUGGAGGAGGCGGCGACUAAUGCAACAGAAGAAGAACGAAGGCGUCUUCAGACCCAAACUGAACUCCAGGACCGCUACAGGAUUGACCUGGAGAGAGAGAAAAUGGUACGGCAGCAGAUGGAGGAGCAGGUGGCCCAGAAGUCCACUGAGCUGGAACAGUACCUGCAGCGGGUUCGGGAGCUGGAGGGCAUGUACGGCCAACUGGAGGACGCUCUGGAGAACGAGAGGCGCGCCAGACAGGACGAGGAGGCCGUCCGCAGGCUGCAGGCACGGUUACUGGAGGAGGAGGCAACAAAGAGGGCAGAGUUGGAGGAGCACCACCUGCGGCAGCAGCGCGCCAUCUCCCAGACGGAGGCUGAGAAAAAGGAGCUGGAGAAGGACCGUCUGGCCAAGGAGAGCGCCCUGCAGGCAGCGAUGCAACAACUGGAGGAGCUGGAGCAGGAGAGGCAGGGGGCGCUGGAGCAGUACCAGACGGUGAUGAAGAAGCUGGAAGAUGCAACCAACAACACCAGGACCUGGAAGCACAAGGUGGCUGAACACGAGGGCAUGUUACGACUCAUUCAACCAGGUUCCAAGGGACAGCAGCUGAUCACCAACUGGGGCCCAGCAGCCUUUUCUGACGCAGAGCUCAGCCUGAGGCAGAAGCAAUGGAAGGAGAUGAAGAACCAGACGACCCAGGCCCAGUAGAGACCCCGUUAGCCCUGAACCUUAAUGUCCACAACACAGAGGAGAAGACAACAGAGGGCUGCUGGGAUAUACUGUCCGGGACACAACAUGUCUAACUAGUGACUGGGAGGAGUUCUCUGGUAACUGGAUGUUUCAGUGGAGUCCAAAUUCAAGAUUUAUCAGGAUAAUAUGAGGCAUUUUCUGAUUAGGGGGCAUUCAAUAAUCAAUGACCUUUAUCCCGUUUAUGAAUAUUUAGUGGGAACCAGCACUGGUUGAGCUGGUACACCUUUGAACAAGUCUGUCAUUGUAAGACAUUUAAAAGAUUUUCACAUGAGGAUCAUUAAUUCUAGCAGGGACCCAACAAAAAUACUAAGUGAAGGAGUGAUAACAUCAGGAAACAUGCUGGAAUAAUAAAAGCUUUGUUGUUAAAUGUAUUGAUUGCCAUGUCAGUUGCUUGGUCUUGUAUAAUUGCAAAAAGCAGCUAAAAAUGUAGAUUGGUAGUGUGAUUAAAGUCCAAUUAGUGGGGAAUUUUCAUUCCAAAAUGAUGUACAGGACAUACAAUUUGUUAUAAAGGUAAAAGAACUCACUUCAUAAAUCUCCAUUAAGCCACAGAGGCUAGCAAGUGGGUAACAUAAUGCAGUAAAGCAAAGGCAUAAUGUGUGACGUCUCUUUGGCCAAGCGGACACUUGCGGAAGCGACAAGCAUAAAUCACGCUUAAUAACCACCACAGAAAAAGUAUAUUACAGUAAUUUGGGCUACUCAGCAGGCAAUCUACAAUUGUUAAAAAGUUUAGCAUUGAUCCAACAUUUACCCAAUGCUAAUGACUCCCAGUCCGAGCAUUACAGUACACUCAAACGUACAGGAACUGGACACAUUUUGAAAGAUGACUCUACUUUAGACCAUCUGGGCUCCUGUAGGAAAACUGCAAGCUCGCUAUUGAAGCUUCUGGUCUGUUUUAAACAACCUUUGUUAGUGUGUAGGAUUUGGUGUCAUCUAGCGAUGAAGUUGCAGAUGGCAGCCCUCUGAAACCUCUCCCAUGUGCCAAGCGUGUAGGAGAACUACGGUGGCCGAUGCAAAAGUUUGAAAACGCAAAUGGCCCCAUCUAGUGCCAGUGUUUGGUUUGUCCUUUCUGGGCUACUGUAGAAACAUGGCGGCCGUGAAGAGGACCCGCUCCGUAUUUAGAUAUAAACAGCACAUUCUAAUGGUACAUGUCCACAGCCUACAUCUUUUCCACGCUUCCCAUUCAUUAUCCAUGUAAGCAGCCGCGUGAUGCAUUCUUGUAGCGUGGCGGCACGAUUCGAGACACGGGGCGCCACGUUGGCCGCUCCUCAUUUGCAUAAAGUUGAGGUCUAGGCUACUUUAACGCAAAUACGCAAAAAUAAAGACAGCUUAAUUUUUGAUUGAACUGGAUGUCUUAUUUCUCACAUAAAAUAUUUUCAGAAACACAUUUCAGUGAACUAUUUUUGUGAUAUAAGAGAAGAAAGUUUCCAAAAGUUUAUGUACCAUAAAGUAGCAAAAACACGACGAUUCUUAUUUUCAGGCGAUUAUACACUGAAGAUACUUAUUAAUAUUAUAUAUUCCAUUUCUGCCAAUAGAUCCCCCUAAUUGUUACACACUGUUCCUUUAACAGUGGACACAGUCGAUUAUAUAAGAGCUGACCAUGGCUAAAAAUCCUACUGAGCUAACAAUACAUACAUAAUUUAAAUCUGUUGACUUUAAAAUGUGCAGGUUAUUAAAAUUCAUGAGUUCAAGAGUGCCCACCACUACCUAGUAUCAUUUUGUCCUGACAGUUGAUUUAUAUCUAUGAAAUGCACUACUUUUUAACCAGAGUCGGACCUGUCCAACAUAAAUUGUUUGAGUGUGUUUUGGGUUCAAGUUGUUGUAAAGUUAAGAGAUGUUGAACCACAUCAAUCUAUUAAGUUGUAAUAUCUUAAAAAAAAAGCAUAAUCUAUUUGAAACUGCCACAAACUGUUCUCUUUCCUGUUGCUAUUUUCCUAUUGACUCUUUGGGACCAUUUUUACAUGAAAAUAUAAAUAUAAGGGAUUUUUGUACAUAUAUUAACGAUGUUUUUUGUUUUCCUUACUAAAGUUCAGCUGCAUGAGGGCAGCACCAGUAGCACUUGAGGAUGACAUGUCUAAUGUAAAGUCCAUGAUGUUUAACAAAGUUGUCUUCUAAAUAAAAAAACAAAAACAGCCUGAAUUGAAAUACCAUGUACACGAUUCACUAAACAUUUUCUCAUCAUCAUGAAAGUGCUUUUUUUUUUCUCCGGUUUGUCUGACCUAGAUUUAUAUCUGUCUAAAGAACUGGCUCUUAAACAUUUCCUGCUUGUAAACACAGUGUCAGAAAUAGGGCAUUUAGCCAAAGUCUCACUCCGAACAAGAAUGCUAACUGCAGAACAUUUGUACUGUGUUGUUGUACUAUAACCAUCAGUGCCUUUGAUACUGUCAUGAGUGAACAUUGUGAUUUCUAUUUUAUGUUUUUAUAUAUAUAUGUAAAAAGCUGAAGACUGAACUAUGGAAUAAAACACAUCUUGACUAACAGG